AUACCUCAAAUUUUUGGUUAUUUAUUUAAGUUUUUAAAAAUGACCAGAGAAAGUAUAGAACUAGGAAAUGUAACCCCUCAUAAUAUAAAACAACUUAAACGCCUCAAUAGUGUGGUUUUCCCAGUUUCCUACAAUGAUAAAUUUUAUAAAGAUGUUCUGGAAGCUGGGGAAUUAGCGAAACUCGCAUAUUACAAUGAUAUCGUCGUUGGAGCCGUGUGUUGUCGAAUUGAUACUUCGGAAAAAUCUAGGAGGUUAUAUAUUAUGACACUGGGGUGUUUGUAUCCCUAUCGCAGGCUGGGAAUUGGAACUCUUAUGGUGCAGCAUGUCUUAAAUUAUGUAGAACAGGAUGGCAAUUUUGAUAGUAUAUUCCUACAUGUCCAAGUGAAUAAUGAAGGAGCAAUUGAUUUUUAUAAGAAAUUCGGUUUUGAAAUUGUAGAAACUAAGGAGCACUACUACAAAAGAAUAGAACCAGCCGAUGCCCAUGUUCUUCAAAAGACCCUUAGGAAAAAGGGACAGGUCAAUGGUACUAUCGAAUGAAAUUUAAGGCUCAAUGCUGUAAUUUAUUUGUUAUAGUAUUUUUACCAAUUUUUUUGUUAAGCUAAUUUUACCAAGUUUUUUUGUACAUACAUAAUAAAUAAAACUCACUGUUUUUUCUUUUUUUACA